UCGCGCUUCUUCCCAUUGCUCAUAUCCCUUGAUAAUUUUUUUAUCGUUUGAAAACUUCCACAGCCAGAAAAAAUCUGAUUAAAAUAAAGUAGAUAUAUAACGCGACAGAUUUGUCAUUUCAUCGUUAGUUUUAUAUCUCGAUGCUACGAGGAAAGUUAUCAGCAGAAGAAAAUCGAUCCAAACCCACACAGCCUAAGCAUGUGUUAAUAUUCGCUUCCGGUGAAGGUCGAAGUGUCUUAGCUGGAAACAUGAUGUUGGGAAAACGGUUUUCGAACGGAGCUGAUAAAAUGUCAAGUGAAGUCGCUACCAACAGGAUUUGUACCAUGUACCAUAGGAACUAGAGGCAAGCGAGUCACACACCAACUGUAAGAAGACGACGCAUGCGUGUAUAAGGAACAACAAAAUGUCUCUAGGAAAAAAUAUCAAGAAAUAUUUGCGGAGGCUUUUAAUAUGGAGGACAGUAUUUCUUGCUUUUCUGAUUCCACUAGUGCUACAUCCUAUAGCCUUAUCCGAUAGUAAAGUUGCAAGAGCCGCAUAUGGUGUUUUGAUUAUCGCCAUUUUCUGGGUUUUUGAGGUGCUUCCAUUGGCUGUCACCUCGUUACUUCCGGUGCUAAUAUUUCCAUUACUUGGUGUGGCCAAAGUCAGCAAAGUAUGCUCCAGUUACUUCAAGGACACGUUGAUGCUAUUUCUGGGAAGUUUGAUAGUGGCUGUUGCAGUAGAAAAAUGGAAUUUGCAUAAGAGAAUAGCUCUGCGAGCUUUGACAUUAGUCGGACCUAAUCCGAGAUGGCUGAUGCUUGGGAUCAUGUUACCCUGUUGGUUUCUGUCCAUGUGGAUGAGCAACACCGCAACCACAGCAAUGAUGGUGCCAAUCCUUGGCGCCAUUCUCCACGUCAUGAGAGAAUCCAUGACUCAAGAGCCGGUAGAGGAGACUGAGUUAGUGGAAGAGCCCGAGAAGUCCCGAGUGAACGGCACCACGGUGGUGGAGACGCUGGAGGGAGAGGAAGUGGUGGUCAAAGGCCGGGACAGGGACGAGGAGAGUCGAGACGGUGAGCUGGACAGCAUCACGCCCAACGAAGAGUUCGUCCGACUGACCAAGACGUUCGCACUUUGUACGGCCUUUGCCGCUAACAUAGGGGGGAUGGCCACUCUAACGGGAACCCCGCCCAAUAUUAUACUGAAGACCAUAGCUGACGAGCUAUUUGAAAAAGCGGGCGGUGAUUCGGGGAUUUCGUUCGCUAAUUGGCUGAUCAUUGGUCUACCUUUGUCGCUGAUUUGUCUGGUGAUCACGUGGCUAUGGUUACAGGUGUUCUACUCCCGUAAAAAGUGUUUUAAAAACGAUUCGGAAUCUUACGAGAGUGUAAGGUUAUAUCUCAAAAGAGCGUACAAUCGGCUAGGGCCCAUCACGUUCCAGGAGACCGUUGUUCUGAUCGUCUUUAUCAUCCUGGCUCUGUUGUGGAUGACGAGGAACCCCCAGGUGGUGCCGGGGUGGGGGGAUCUCUUUGAAAAGGGAUACACCGGCGAUAGUAUAGCUGCCGUGUUAAUAACAGCGUUUUUAUUUGCAUUCCCAUCGCAGUUACCCUGCCUAGUUAAAGCAAAGAAAAGAGACGUAGAGGAGAGUACGGACGAAUUGAGGGGUGAGGUUGAGGAACCCUCGGAGGAGGAGAAGUGGAAGUUUCAGCCCCUACUGGACUGGGAUACGGUUAACCAAAAGAUCCCCUGGGGCGUGCUACUGCUGAUGGGGGGCGGGUUUGCCGUAGCGGAGGCAUGCGAGUCCUCAGGCCUAUCCUAUUGGGUGAGUUCACAGCUGGCUGACGUCAUGAGGAAUAUGACGACGUCCUCGGCGGCGCUGUUGCUAUCCCUGAUGGUGGCGGCGGCGACCAAUGUGACGAGUAACACCGCCACCGCCACGCUCUUCCUGCCCAUUGUUGGUGAACUGGCAAUAGACUUGGGUGUACACCCUCUUUCCUUCAUGAUUCCUGUAGCCAUUUCGUGUUCAUUUGCAUUCAUGUUGCCUGUUGGAACGCCGCCAAAUGCAAUUGUGUUCUCAACCGGUUAUCUGAAAGUCAAAGACAUGGUGGUUGGUGGUUCUCUAGUUAAUCUGGUCACAGUAUUAAUUCUGAUUUUGGCCAUGAUGCUGUGGAUCACUCCAUUCUACAACUUGAACGAGUUUCCGGAAGUGUUUAAGGUCGCCAAGAAUCUCACGCAGUCAGCUGUUAACGGAACUGGGAGCAUGGACAUUAAUCUUCCAUACAAUGUUACUGUAUAACACUAUACGUGAUGCAUUUAUC